CCCGCAGUUUCUACCCCCGUCCCCUGGAGCGGAUGUUCUCGCUGGCCCUGGAGGAGCCGCCCCUGCUGCGCUUCGCCAUCGCCUUCCCCCUGCUCUGCGCCCACUUCUCGCGCUGCCCACACCCCCUGUGCCCCGAGGAGUACCCCCAGUUGCAGGCUGUGGCUGUGGGGCAGUGCCACAAGUUCCUGGAGGAGCUGGCCCGGGUGGGCAGUGCCUGCGCCCUGGACGCCUGCGCCGAGCAGCACAACCUCAGCCAGCAG